AUGGUUCCUUUGGGAGGGAGGAUGGAUGAGAUAUCGGAUUCCAGCAUUCCAUUCCCGAACAGAGCUGGGAACUUGUAUCAAGUUCGGUACUUGUCGUUUUGGACUGAAGAUGGUCUGGAAACUGCAGAGAGGCACAUUGGUUGGCUGAGGGAGCUGUAUGAUCUUGCAGCUCCUUACGUUUCGAGCAAUCCGAGGUCUGCUUAUGUGAAUUACAGGGAUCUUGAUAUUGGAAUGAAUGAUAUCGUUGAAGGAGAAACGAGCUUCGAGCAAGCGAAGGUGUGGGGUGAGAAGUAUUUUGGGAACAAUUUUGAUAGGUUGGCGCGUGUGAAGGCGGCUGUUGAUGCUCACAAUUUCUUCAGGAAUGAACAGAGUAUUGUUCCAAUUCCAAGGCGGCUAGAUUUCCUUGGUAAGCAGUAA